AAACCAUACAAAACUCCCAAACGGAAACAAAGAGAACAUUUCACCAGGUGCAGCUACGUCUGCUACUUUCAUCACUAUGUAUCGUGCCUUCCUCCUGCUCUUGUUAGAGCUUUCCCUGUCUUCCUGUGAUGUGGCUAUUCCACGCAACUCCAAAAUUUCCCUUCAUUGUCUCACUGACAAUGACUCUUCACUAGUUAACGUUAAAUUUACCUGGAGCUUUAACUCCACCCCAAUCCUGUCAAAGGACAAAAUUGGCAGGGAUGGAAAGGUCUUGCACCUUACAGACAUAAAGUUCAGUGAUGAAGGAGAGUACAAGUGUGUGCUGGAAGGAUUGAAAGGAGAAAAUUAUGUGAGGCUGAGAAGAACAUUCAAGAUACGUGUGGAAGUGCCUCCACCUUUGCAGGAGUUGAAGAUCAUCAAAUCAACAGUUGGGGAUAAUGUGAGGCUUCCAUGCCAGGUUCAAAAAUCUUCCUAUUCUGAAACAAACGAAACAGCCCCUGCUGUCUGGAAACGGGAAAUUAAAGGAGAAACUGUGCUGCUUAAUCCUAAAAAAGGCAUAAACCAAGAAGAGGAAAACAUGACAACUAAUAGGGUGUUCUGGGAUGACAAACCCGAAGAACGGGACUGGACGAUUAAAAUUAGUCAGGUCACAAAGGAAGACGCUGGGACGUACCUCUGUGUCAUAAACACAUCCGAGACGCUGUUGGUGGACCUGGAGGUGGAAGGUGUUGAUGAUUCUAAUGAAGUCUUUUGUGCCCUACUUAAUACCGCAGCAAAAGUGCCCUGCCAUGACAAACAUGUAUAUAAAGGUAAUAAAUCCCGUCCUCUGCCCCGCUGCCAUAAGCACACCCACCCCUGGGAGACUUGUGAGGAUCCAGACAACAGAUCAUGGAAGUCAACUCUGAAGGAAUCACUCACAGAAUUCUCCUUUUCAGUGUACUUCCAUCUUAAAGGUUCAAAGCCCUCAACAAACUUUAUAUUCUCCCCGAUCAGCAUUGCUGCAGCUCUCUCUAACUUGCUAUUGGGUGCUCGUGGUGAGACCAGAAAACAGUUGCAAGAUGCUCUCAGGCUUCCCUAUGAUUUCUCCUGUGUGCAUUCCGAAAUGAAGAAGCUGAAACAAGCAUCAAAACAAACACUGGGGAUGGCCUCGGCCAUCUUUUAUUCUCCAGAGUACAGGUUAGCAGAGGCUUUCAUCAACCAGUCAUUGGAUUUCUAUGAUGCAAAGCCACAGGAGCUGACCAAUGACAGCGAUCAUAAUGUGAAGCUCAUCAACAAUUGGGUGGCAGAAAAGACAAAUAAUAAAAUCACUGAGUUAGUUGACGAAGUUGAUCCCUUUACCUUGUUUGUUCUUUUAAAUGCUGUCUACUUUAAUGGUAAAUGGAAAAUGGUUUUUGAAUCCAUGAAUAAACAGGAAGAGUUCACUAAGUUUUCAGGUGAGGUUGUAGAUGUGGAAACUCUCUACAGCUCCAAGUACAAGCUUGUAAUGAGCUAUAACAAAAAUUUAAAGGCAGAGGUUGGAAAGUUCCCUCUCACAGGCAAAAAUAGUCUGUUCAUUUUGAUCCCACGCACAGUGUCAGAAAAAUCAUUCUUAUUGAUGGAGAAAAAUAUGAAUGCCACAAAUAUUAUAGAAAUGGUUUCUGAGAUGAGCAAAGUCACAGCUCAAACUGCUGAGGUUACACUGCCUAAAAUAAAACUGGCUGUGACCACACCUCUGGAGACGUUACUGAAAAAACUUGGUUUGUCAGAUCUCUUUGACAGUCCUAACUUGUGUGGUAUGUUUCCGGGGGAAUCUGUUUCGUUCAUCUCAGACGCUCGCCAUCGUGCCUUUCUAUCGCUAACGGAGAAGGGAGUUGAAGCUGCCGCGGCCACUAGCAUUUCUUUCUCUCGCUCCUUCCCAUCGUUCACAGCUCUGCAGCCCUUCAUUCUGAUAGUCUGGAGUGAUGAGAUUGGGGCUCCGCUUUUCAUUGGAAGGAUUGUUAAUCCGUUAUAAGAGAGAUAGAGAAAGAGAAAACGUGAUGGAGAAAAAAGACAUCACAGUAUCGAUCAAAUCAACAAAAAUAUGGAUCCAAUCAAACAUUCUGUUGUACAUUCAAUCAUUAAUCACAAGCAAACCCAAUGAAUGCAUUUGUGUAACAUCUCAUUAUGCAUAUAAUUAGAAUGCAUGCACAAUCUCGGUAACCAUUAAAUACAUGCUUGUCCUUAAACAA